GAAAGCGUUUGGCUAUGAAAGACCAAGAAACCUAGUUGACAGCCAUCCAUUAGAUCUAAAGAAAUGCAGAGUUGAAGUUUCCAAAAACUGUCCAGCAAGCAGAAGCUGGUCUUUUAGUACCUCACACCGCUACAGUCUUACCCACUAACGAAGCCAAUGGGUUCCUCUAAUACCUGCAAAAAAGUUUUCGGUCUGCAUUUGUCAAAAAACCACUUCAUUUCUUGUUAUCCAAAUUGUCCAAACUAGGGUCAUAGCUGCCAUUAAUAAUAAGGAAUUAAAAGUGUUACUAGUCCUCUUAAGACCAAUUAACAAAAAACAAUCAUUUAUACUAAGAGGAGGUGCAAUUCCAAACAACAGGCGUACCACACGCCACAAGAAUUAGUAUAAAAACAUUCGAAUAAGAGGUGGUGAAUAGUUUUAGGAGAAUCACAGAACACAUAUCUUGUGUCUCUAGCCUAGUUACGUUGGCAAGAUUAUCUUUGGUUAAAACAACACCUCUUUUUAAAUAUAAAAAAAAGACUUUUAUACAAAAGGGAGCCUCGCCUAGUCAAGAUAUAGGGGUCACCUUCAUCCAACAAACAUGCCAAGUCAGAUUUGUCGUGAUCAUUUUGGAAUAAUCCCAAGCAUCUGAUUUCACCACCAAAGGUGAUGAUUCUAUUAAUAUAUUACUUUAUUAAACAAUAAAAAACAGAAAGUGGCUUAAAUGAAAUGAACAAUACUAGGACCUUGUUUAAUUCACAAAAAUUUUUGGAUUUGACUAUUAUAGCAUUUUCGUUUUAUUCAGCAAUUAGUGUUCAAUCAUGGACUAAUUAGACUUAAAAGAUUUAUCUCACAAUUUAUAGAUAAAUUAUACAAUUAGUUAUUUUUUAUCUAUAUUUAAUGUUUUGUAUAUGCGUACAAAGAUUUUUUAUCAAGUGGGCGAUCAAAUUGUUAACAUCCAUCCGUCCCGCCCAACACUAACAUCAGCUUUUGCAGUGCACCAACCGCUAGCCUUUUCGUUUAUUACUAAAUCCAAGUUAUAGGUGCGGAGAGUGUUGCCGAUCGAACUUCCAUGUCAUGGGAUAAAUUGGGGCUCAGUAAUCUAAAAGAAAGUGAGUUGUUUAAUUUCCAACGUAUAGAGGCUCCAAAGAGAAAUUCAUACCAAUACACUUGUGAUUGGAAGAAAAUGAAUUGCCAUUGCCAAUAUACUUGAUUAAUUUGUACUUAAUUAUGUAAUUCGAAAUAAAAUAGCAUGCAUUACAAGACGCAAGAGCCGGUCAGUAGCCGCUGCCAAAUUGUAUUUUGGUUUCUUUAUGAGCGAGUCUUUGCUUGUCGUCUCGUGCAACGAGAACGCUUCCUGCGGUGCCUCCACUCUAGCAUCCAACAAGGCUCCGGUGUGGAAUUUAUAAACUAGGACACAGCAAGCAAGUCGAUCGAAGUUGCCAUGCACUUUCCUUCCCACCUUGCACUGUCACCAAAAGACCUACUCCAACCACCAUCUUCUUCCCUGAAUCAACACUAUUUUCCUUCCCCAGCUCAAGCAGCCAAACAGAAGACACCAACCAGCUACUGCGAUUCUCGCCGCAGUAGUAUAAGGUGGGUCAGGUCGAAGAUGUCCAUACUGAUACCUGUCUAACCAUAAACCAAGAUUGAGAUCCUAGUCCACGACCAAGAAAGAACAAAGUGGCACUGCCUCACCAAUUCUGGCCAUUGCACAGCUCGUCAACUUGAGCAAAAACGGAAGUUCUCAAUCAUGGCCGGUGUCCUAGAUGCUUUGGCAUCCUACAUCCAAAACAUGCUUCUGCAGAUGGCGGCAGAAGAGGUGCAUAUGUUGCUUGGGGUGUCCGGUGAGAUUGACAACAUGGACAUCAAGCUUCGGGAUCUAAAGAACAUCCUUGCUGAUGCUGAUAGGAGGAACAUCACUGACAAAAGUGUCCUAGCAUGGGGGAUAGAGCUAAGGAAUGCUAUGUAUGAUGCCACUGAUAUCCUCGACCUUUGCAAGCUCAAGGCUAUGGAGCAAGGCCAAAGGCAUGAUGCCGGAUGCUUCAACCCGUUGCUCUUCUGCAUACGGAAUCCCCUACAUGCCCACGAUAUUGGAAGCCGCAUCAAGAACCUUAACAAGAGGCUAGACGACAUCAAGGCACGUGGUGCAUCAUUCAACUUCCUGAACCUUAGUACUUAUGAGGAUCGUGGAAGAAAUGUGAUAUCAUAUGGUUCUAGUACCCGUGAGACAUCGGGGGGCCUUGUUGAGUCUGGUUUGGUUGGUGAGAAGAUUGAAGAGGACACAAUAAAUCUUGUGGAGAUGCUAACAAAGAAGUAUCCUACCGACGACAACAAAUCCAACAAAAUAAUGGUUUUCUCUAUUGUGGGAGCUGGUGGGAUUGGUAAAACCACCCUUGCUCAAAAGAUCUUCAACAAUGAAGUCAUAAAGGAUGAGUUCAAAAAGAAAAUAUGGUUGAGUGUCAACCAAGGCUUUGAUGAUACUGAAAUGUUAAGAAGAGUUAUUAUCGAAGCUCGUGGAAACCACCAUGAUUGUGGAAAUGCAAAGGUGUCACUAGAACACACUCUAAUAGAAGCUUUGAAGGGACAAAAAACCUUAUUAAUAAUGGAUGAUGUCUGGGACAGCCGUAUAUGGGAAGGCGUGCUUAGAACUCCCUUUGUUAAUGCCAUGCUAGCUGAAGGUAGCCGUGUGCUGGUCACCACAAGGCAUGACACAGUGGCACGUCAGAUGAAGGCGGAGGAGCCCUACUAUCGUAUUGACAGACUUGGGCUUGAAGAUGCAUGGAUGCUGCUCAAGAAGCAGGCUGUCAGAGAUGUGAAUGAUGAGCCGCAGGUUGAAAAUUUAAAGGAUAUUGGCUUGAUACUUGUAAAAAAAUGUGAUGGUUUACCUCUUGGGAUCAAAGUAAUGGGAGGUCUCCUGAGUCGGAAAAGGAUAACACGAACCAACUGGCAAAAGGUCUUAGAUGAUUCUCUAUGGUCAAUAUCACAAAUGCCUGAAGAGCUAAAUUAUGCAGUAUAUCUUAGCUAUGAAGAUCUGGACCCUUGUUUGAAGCCUUGCUUUUUGCACUACUCCCUCCUUCCUAAGGGCACACUGUUUUCUGUUGAUGACAUUGUUGGCAUGUGGAUUAGUGAAGGAUUUGUUUAUGGAACAUUACAUGAUGACCUAGAAGGAAUAGGAAGGGAAUACUAUGAUGAGUUAAUACAGCGAAACCUUAUUGAGCCAGAUACGAAGUAUGUUGAUCAAGAAGCUUGCAACAUGCAUGAUGUGGUCCGGUCAUUUGCUCAUAACUUGUGGGGAGAUGAAGCAAUCAUAGCUCACAAUAGUACAAUUGGUAUUGACAAACUUAAAUCACAGAAAUUUUUUCGAUUAUCUCUGGAAAGCAAAGGACCAGAACAACAUGAUUUGGAUUGGUGUUCUCUACAAAUACAAACAUCACUGAGAACACUAAUUUUAGUGGGUAAUAUAAAGAUUAAGCCAGGUGAUUCAUUUGUUUCUCUUUCAAGUCUCCGAACACUACAUUUGGACAGUGUAAAUAUUGAUUCAAUAGCAGAAUCUUUGUAUCAGCUGAAACAUUUGAGGUAUUUGGCAAUAGAAAACAGUAAUACAUCAAAGUUACCAGAGGACAUAGGCAAGUUGAAAUUCUUGCAGUACAUUAGCCUUGGUGGUUGUCAGAGUUUGACCAAGCUUCCCAGUAGCAUUGGACUGCUACAUGACUGGAGGUUUCUCAGUCUUCCCGGAACAAAUAUAAGUGUUGUACCAAGGGAUUUAUGUGGUCUAACUUCUUUGAGGAAAUUAUAUGGAUUUCCAGCCCACAUGGACUGUGAUCACUGUAGUUUGGAGGAACUAGGGCCUCUCUCCCAGCUGACAGAACUUUAUAUCAGUUUCUUGGAGAAUGUAGCUUCUUCCUCAUCUGCUAUACAGGCCAAACUUGGUGGAAAGAAGCGCCUAAGGUUUCUCUCACUGGGUUGCACCAGUAGAAAGGAAGAAGGGAUAUCUGAGAAAGCCAAGAGACAAAUCGAGGAGGUCUUUGAUGAGCUCUGCCCGCCACUUGGCUUAGAAAACCUUAACAUUGAAGGGUAUUUCGGUGAGCGGCUCCCAAGAUGGAUGAUGCCAGCACCAGUUACACCGCUUAGGAGCUUGAGGAAUAUAGUGAUGGAGAACUUGGCCUGUUGCACGGAGCUUCCUAGUGGCUUGAGUCAGCUCCCCUGCUUGGAGCUUCUGCAGAUUGUUCGUGCCCCAGCCAUCAAGUGUGUUGGGCAUGAAUGGCUACAACCAAACAAUCAAGUAGGUGUUGCGUUUCCCAGACUGCAGAAGCUGCGUUUUGAAGGAAUGGUUGAAUGGGAGGAAUGGGUGUGGGAGGAACAAGUGAUUGGCAUGCCUAUCUUGGAGGGGCUCACCCUGGAAAUGUGCAAGUUGAGGCGUAUGCCACCUGGCCUGGCCUUCCAUGCAAAGACUUUGAAGAAGUUAGGUAUAUAUGAUGUGAAGCAUCUAAGCUCUUUGGAGAACUUUGCUUCUGUUGUCCACCUCGAUGUGUUUAGAAACACUCACCUGGAGAGGAUCAGUAAUCUACCAAAACUGCAGAAGCUCGUCAUCGUCAUGUGCCCAAAGCUGAAGGUAGUGGACGGCAUUCCUGCACUCCAGAGACUCACUUUGGAGGAUUAUGGCAUGGACACAGUCCCUAGGUAUCUGCAGGAUGUAAACCCAAGGCAUUUGCAGCUGUAUUGUUCCAUAUCGCUGCUCACAUGCAUAGCAGCAGGGAAAUCCGGUCCCGAAUGGCACAAGUUUAGCGACAUCCAGCAAGUCAAAGCCUAUGCAAAUGAAGAAGGCUGUCCAAGGGAGUGGUAUGUGCUCUACACAAGGAACCCUUUCCGCUUCGAGACAAAUAUCAGCUACUCUGCUAUUGCCCAUGGCCGCAUGGCACGUGCUUGUUUUCCUUACUCCAAAACAUGUCCCGUUGAUGGUGAUCGGCCAUUAGAACAAGAACAACACAUGCAUGUUGACAAGAGUGUGCCACUCUGCUUACGGUUCAGGAACAAUGCGUACCGUCAUUUGACUUACUGGUUGCGUCAAGCCUGCCUGCACUGCUGUGAAACCGACAGGGUGGCUUCCACAACGGAUCAGUGGAUCGAAGCAGCGGGGGCUGCGGCAUACAGAUACUAUGAAAGAAAGAUCACGAGUGUAAUGUAAUAUGUGAAUAAGCAUUUGCUUGUUGCAGUUUAUGUGCUGCUUCUGGGCCAUAAACGUCUGAAGAACAGAAACGUUCCAUACCUGCACGGUUGUACGUACAAAACAAGACGUACUCUGUUUUCCAAGUUAAAUAGUCUGUACUCUACUUUCCUUGCAAUAACAUUUUGCAGUAUCAUUUAGCCAUUCCCUGCACAUGCAGAGUCCAACUCUUUUUCAGUGUUGUACACACAGCAAUGUUAGUAAGGCCUUGUUCAGUUGGCAAAAUUUUGGAAUUU